AUGAUUAACAAUACUACUCUGGUCAGAGAGCACACAGACUGCCAUGAAGUUCAGGUUCCCAUCGAGAUCUUUCUCAUCAUUGGUGUUGUAAGCCUGAGUGAAAACCUUCUGGUUGUGGUGGCAGUGAUUCGUAAUAAAAACCUGCACUCUCCCAUGUACUGCUUCAUCUGCAGCCUGGCGGCUUUUAACACCAUCUCCAGCCUCUCCAAAACCUGGGAGAACAUCAUGCUGGUUUUUAGAGACGCUGGCCAUCUGAACUCUCAGGGACCAUCUGAGCUCAAGAUAGAUAAUGUGAUGGACACUCUGCUCUGCAUGUCAUUUCAAGGCUCCAUCUUUAGUUUCCUUGCAAUCGCUGUGGAUCGCUAUAUUACUAUAUUCCACACGUUACAGUACCACACACUCAUGACUAUGCAGCGCACAGUAACCAUCCUGAUCACAAUCUGGGCCCUGUGUGGUUUCAGUGGUGCUCUCAUGAUCACGUUCUUUGAAACUACAGUGGUGAUGAUCUUCUUCAUUGUGCUCUUCUUAGCUGCCCUGUUCCUUACCCUCCUACUCUAUGUGCAUAUGUUUUUGCUGGCACAGUAUCAUGCAGGCAGGAUCGCAUCUAUGCCAGGAGCCACUGGGCACCGCAGGAAGCGUGGCCUGAGAGGGGCACUCACACUUACCAUUCUUUUUGGUGUGUUUGUGGUCUGCUGUGCUCCUUUCUUCCUCCACCUCCUGAUUAUUAUGGUAUGCCCCAAAAACCCAUACUGUGAGUGUUAUCGGUCUCUCUUCCAGCUGCAUGUGGUGCUGUUGAUAAGUCAUGCAGUUAUUGAUCCAGCUAUUUAUGCCUUCAGGAGCGCUGAGCUACGAAACACCUUCCGGAAAAUGUUCUUCUGCUUAACGGAAGCUCAGAAUUAUGUCCAUGGCACAUGUGAAUUUGUAAUAUCAUUUGCAUGA